UUAUUUGUAAGCUUCACAAGAAUCCAUUACUCAAAACUACACAAAUGAUGAACAAUUACUCAAGAAUGUUGCUACUCAUUUGGUUUUCUCUCAUAUCUUGCUUUAAAACCACCACUUCAAAAGAUAGCUUAAGAAUGAGUGAGUAUAUUCGAGAUGGCGAGACUUUAGUCUCGGCAGGUGGAAGCUUUGAAGUUGGUUUCUUCAGCCCCGGAGCUUCGACUCGCCGGUACUUGGGCUUGUGGUAUAGAGAUGCAUCAAGAAACAACACAAUUAUGUGGGUGGCCAAUAGAGAAAGACCCCUUCACAAUAAGUCAGGUGUUUUGAUAUUCAAAGAAACAGGGGAUCUUCAACUUCUUAGUGACACAAACAACACCAUUUGGUCAUCCAAUAUCUCAAGCAAAGCCUUGAGUAACUCGGUUGCACAGCUCUUGGAUUCAGGGAAUCUUGUGGUGAAAAAUGUACCAGAUACUAAGGAGGGAAGCUUUUUGUGGCAGAGUUUUGAUUAUCCAUGCGAUACGUAUAUUCCAGGGAUGAAAUUCGGCCGAGACUUAGCUACCGGCCUAGACAGAUCGCUUUCGUGCUGGAAAAGUACAGAGGAUCCUGCUGUGGGAGAAUAUUCUCUAAGAGUUGAUCCUAGGGGAUAUCCACAGGUAAUGCAAAUGAAGGGUUCUGUUAUAAUUAGUAGAAUAGGAUCAUGGAAUGGCAUUUAUUUUACUGGAACUCCAGUUGAAGGCAUGAGCAUACUUAAGCGUAAUUUCGUGUUGAAUUCGAAAGAAGUGUAUUUUGAGUUUGAAAUACUUGAUAGGUCCAUCUUCUCCAUACUCAAAACAAACCCUUCUGGAGAUGCACAAGUUAUGACUUGGACAAGUCGAACAACAAGCCGGGUUGAAGUUUCCCUAACCGGCGGGCAGUAUGCCUGUGGAAGUUAUGCCUUGUGUGGUUCAAAUUCUGUAUGUAGCAUGGCUGCUGAUGUUGCAACAUGCGAUUGCGUAAAAGGAUACACUCCAAAGUUUCCUGAAAAAUGGUACAUCUCAGAUUGGUCUAGUGGGUGUUCUAGAAAGGUUGCAUUGGAUUGUGAUGAUGUAGUAGGGUUCUUGAAGUACAGUGACAUGAAAUUGCCAGACACAUCUUCUUCAUGGUAUAGUGAGACAAUGAACCUUGAAGAAUGUCAGAAGUUAUGUCUCAAAAAUUGUUCUUGUACAGCAUAUGCAAAUUUGGAUAUCCGCAAUGGAGGGAGUGGUUGCCUACUUUGGUUUGGUAAUCUUACUGACAUGAUGCAAUUCUCAAAAGGAGGUCAAGACCUUUACAUCAAAGUCCCUGCUUCAGAAUUAGGUAAUAGCCAUGGGAAUACGAAUAAAAAGAAGAUAGGAAUUGCAGUUGGUGUGGGUAUUUUUGGAUUAGCAACAUCCAUCGCCAUAACAACAAUAAUUAGAAAUCCAGCAAGAAUACUUAACAGACAUAAGCAAAGACAAGAAGAUAUCAACCUACCAAAAUUUGAUUUCUCACUCUUAGCCAAAGCUACUGAAAACUUCUCAAGCAAUAAUAAACUUGGAGAAGGUGGUUUUGGACCGGUAUACAAGGGUAAGAUGAUAGAUGGCCAAGAGAUAGCUGUGAAAAGACUUUCUAAAAAAUCUGGACAAGGGUCGGAAGAGUUCAAGAAUGAAGUGAUGUUGAUAGCUAAACUUCAGCAUCGUAAUCUCGUGAAGCUUCUUGGCUACUGCAUUCAAGGGGAAGAAAAAAUAUUAAUCUAUGAGUAUAUGCCUAACAAAAGCUUGGACUACUUUGUUUUUGGUGAAGUCAGAAGAAAGUUGCUAGAUUGGCCGAAACGUUUCAACAUUAUUAGUGGUAUUGCUCGAGGACUUCUUUAUCUUCAUCGAGAUUCUAGACUAAGGGUUAUUCAUAGAGAUUUAAAAACUAGCAAUAUCCUACUAGAUGUUGAUUUGAAUCCAAAAAUAUCAGACUUUGGGUUGGCUCGAACAUUCUCAUGUGAUCAAGUCGAGGCUAACACUGAUAGGGUGGCUGGAACAUAUGGUUAUAUGUCUCCUGAGUAUGCAGUGCAUGGACAAUUCUCAUUAAAAUCUGAUGUCUUUAGCUACGGUGUAAUAGUACUAGAGUUGGCAUGGCAACUGUGGACAGAUGAGAGGCCACUAGAACUAUUGGAUGAAGAGUUAAAGGAAGGAUGCAUCCCUACCGAAGUCAUACGGUGCAUACAAGUGGGUCUGUUAUGCGUGCAACAAAGACCAGAAAAUAGACCAGACAUGUCAUCAGUGAUUCUAAUGUUAAAUGGUGAGAAACCAUUGCCCAUGCCGAAAGUUCCUGCAUUUUUAAACUCAUCCUCCUACUUCCUAAUAGGAAAAUCACCAAUGAUGGGUAUGGAUAAUUUAAGAACAUUAGUUAUUUGGUUCUUUCUCAUGUCCUGCAUGAGAACCACCACUUCAUCAGACAGCCUAGGAAUGGCACAAUAUAUCCGAGACGGUGAAUCUUUAGUCUCAGCUGGUGGAAGCUCUGAACUUGGUUUCUUCAGCCCUGGAACUUCGACAAGUCGAUAUUUGGGUGUGUGGUACAGAGAUACAUCAGGAAAUCCAACAGUUGUGUGGGUAGCUAACAGAGAAAGACCCCUUCACAACAAGUCAGGAGUUUUGCAAUUCAACAAAAUGGGGAUUCUUCAGCUUCUUGAUGAGACAAACAACACUGUUUGGUCGUCCAACAUAUCCAGCAAAUCCUGGAGUAACUCAAUUGCACGGAUUUUGGAUUCGGGAAAUCUUGUAGUGACAAAUGGGAAAAAUAUUUAUAACAGCAGCUUUUUGUGGCAGAGUUUUGAUUACCCUUGUGAUACAUUGAUGCCUGGAAUGAAGAUUGGAUGGAACUUUGUUACUGGUCAGGAAAAAUAUGUAUCAAGCUGGAAAAGUGAAGAAGAUCCUGCUGUGGGAGAGUAUACUAUAAAAAUUGAUCCCAGAGGAUAUCCACAAAUAAUGGUAAUGAAAGGAUCUCUUAUAUCUUUCAGAGGUGGAUCAUGGAAUGGCCUUUAUUUUACUGGAUCUCCAUCUCAGAACACACAAACAUUUAGAUCCAAUUUUGUAUUGAAUGGAAAAGAGGUGUAUUAUGAGUUUGAAAUGCUUGAUACUUCCAUUUUCACAGUACUUAAAGAAUACCCUUCUGGUAAUGGACAAUAUCUGGUUUGGACAAGCCAAACAAGAAACAAGGUACAAGUUACCCAGGUUGCGAACCAAGGUGGGUGUGAAAGGUAUGCCUAUUGUGGUUCAAAUGCUAUAUGCAUUGUGGAUAGUAAUGUUGCAAUAUGCAAGUGUCUGAAAGGGUAUAUUCCCAAUCCCAAGUUUCCUAAAUCACAAAAUAUGUCAUAUUGGUCCAAUGGUUGUGAGAGAAAGGUUGCACUGGAUUGCAAUAACACCAAUGGCUUCUUGAGGUACACAGGCAUAAAAUUGCCAGACACAUCUUCUUCAUGGUAUAGUGAGACAAUGAACCUCCAGGAAUGUCAAAAGUUUUGCCUGAAAAACUGUUCUUGUUCAGCAUAUUCAAGUUUGGAUAUUCGUAAUGGAGGAAGUGGUUGUCUAAUUUGGUUUCAUAAUCUUACUGACAUUAUACAAUUCUCACAAGGGGGUCAAGACCUUUACCUAAAAGUCCCUUCUUCAGAAUUGGCUGCUAAUGGCCAUGGAAACAUCAAGCAAAAGAAGGUAGGAAUUGCAGUUGGUGUGAUUAUUUUCGGAUUAAUCACAUGUGUCAGCAUAAUGAUUAUACAUCCAGGGACAAGAAAAAUAAUUUACAGAGAAAAACAGAUGCAAGAAGAUAUUGAUCUACCAGCAUUCAAUUUCUCAGUCUUAGCUAAAGCUACCGAAAAAUUUUCAAGCAGUAACAAACUUGGAGAAGGUGGUUUUGGAGAAGUAUACAAGGGUACAUUGACUGAUGGGCAAGAGUUAGCCAUAAAAAGACUUUCAAAAAAGUCUGGCCAAGGGUUGGAAGAGUUCAAAACUGAAGUGGCGUUGAUAGCCAAACUUCAGCAUCGUAAUCUUGUGAAGCUUCUUGGUUUUUGCAUUCAAGGAGUAGAAAAAAUAUUGGUCUAUGAAUACAUGCCGAACAAAAGCCUGGACUACUUCAUUUCUGAUGAAAUUAGAAGGAAGUUGCUAGAUUGGCCUAAACGUUUCAACAUUAUUAGCGGCAUUGCUCGUGGACUUCUUUAUCUUCAUCAAGAUUCUAGAUUAAGAAUUAUUCAUAGAGAUCUAAAAACCAGCAACAUUUUGCUGGAUGCAAAUUUGAAUCCUAAAAUAUCAGACUUUGGCUUGGCACGAACAUUCUUAGGUGAUCAAGUGGAGGCUAACACAAACAGGAUAGCUGGAACAUAUGGUUAUAUGCCUCCUGAGUAUGCAGUACAUGGGCAAUUCUCAAUGAAGUCUGAUGUGUUUAGCUAUGGUGUGAUAGUACUAGAGUUGUUAAGUGGAAAGAAGAACAGGGAAUUCUCUGACCCGGAAAACUACCUUAAUCUUCUUGGACAUGCAUGGAGAUUAUGGACUGAUGACAGACCAUUGGAGCUAUUGGAUGAAUUGUUAAAGGGAUGCACCCAUUCUGAAGUCAUAAGAUGCAUACAAGUGGGCCUAUUAUGUGUGCAACAAAGACCGGAAGACCGACCAGACAUGUUAUCUGUGGUCCUAAUGCUAAAUGGUGAGAAAUUGUUGCCCAAGCCAAAGGUCCCUGGUUUUUAUAUUGAAAGAGGUGUUACAAUUGAAGCAGAUACCGUGUUGGGAAACGGCACACCGUUUUCAGCCAACGAAAUUUCCAUGACAUUGUUAAAUGCAAGAUAGUAUAUGGACGCGAGAGAGUGACAUGAUUUUAUCUUAUUAUAUGGAAUAAUCAGGUUAUUAUAGCAUGAGUGCAGAAUAGGCUAAGCUUUUAUAGUCCUAGAUUCAAUAUAUUUGCUAUGGAUUUCUACUUUUGUCUUAAAUUUCAACAUAUCCUAACACCUGUGUGGAAUAAACAAAAAGUUCUGUACAUUUUAAGGUAUGUUAGAUGAAAUCUUAUCCCAUCUCAAAAGUUAAUUCUUUUAAUUUAUGUAGCAGGGGUUGGUUGAUUCUUAUCCUAUCUUA